AUGAACGUGUUUAUACGUCGAAUGGAAAGCGAUGAUUUAGACGAGGUAGAAGAAAUUGAAUAUAUUACAUGGCCGCAGUAUCCUUGGACUGCUGAAGAUUUCAUUGAAGCAAGUCAGCCAUCAACUGGCAAUUGCUGGGUGCUGGAAGAUGAUAAGGGUCUCAUCGGUUAUUCAGUACAAUAUAUUGAUGCCGACUCAUCUCAUAUCGCCAAUAUUUGUAUCAGACGAGAACGACAGCAACAAGGUUUCGGACGAAUGAUGCUCGAUUAUCUUAUCAACGAAGCACGUUUAUCAAAUGCAAAAUACAUAUCGUUAGAAGUGAAUGUGUCAAACGAGAAAGCAUAUUUACUUUAUAAAUCAUUUGGUUUUACAGUAACUGAACGUCUCAAAGCCUAUUAUUCUGCGAGCGAAGAUGCGUAUAAAAUGCAACUCUGUCUGACAAAUGCUGACAUGUAUGACUAUGUAUCGUGA